UAACACACCAACAUUGUCAGUAAUUCAACACUUCAAUCACUCCACUCUCUUCUCUUUCAAACCCUACUCUCAUGGCUUCGCUUCUUCUUCUAACUCACUUCCUCUGUUUCACGUUCACUGCAAUAAUCCCGAUUUUCUCGGCGGUUUCAGCUGAACCGGCAGCUAAAACGUACAUAUUCCGAGUCGACAGCUUCUCUAAACCGGCAGUUUUCCCCACCCAUUACCACUGGUAUAGCUCCGAGUUCACUGAACCGGUAAACAUCCUUCACGUUUACGACAACGUUUUUCAUGGAUUUUCUGCUUCUUUAAGUCCUUCUCAAGCUGCUUCAAUACUUCAACAUCCUUCAAUUCUCGCAGCAUUUGAGGAUCGCCGGAGGCAACUACAUACAACUCGGUCGCCGCAGUUUCUGGGUUUAAGAAACCAAAAAGGUUUAUGGUCGGAAUCUGAUUAUGGUUCUGAUGUAAUUGUCGGUGUUUUAGAUACCGGAAUUUGGCCGGAGCGUCGGAGCUUUUCGGAUCUGAAUUUGGGCCCCGUUCCGACCCGUUGGAAAGGUGUCUGCCAAACGGGAGAUAAAUUCACUGCUAAAAAUUGCAAUCGGAAAAUUAUUGGUGCUCGAUUUUUCUCUAAAGGACAUGAAGCUGCACCGGGAUUUGGCGGAAUUGGUGGUGGAGGAAUUAAUGAUACCGUUGAGUUUAAAUCACCAAGGGACGCAGAUGGUCAUGGGACCCAUACAGCUUCAACAGCUGCUGGGCGGCAUGCUUUUCGUGCUAGCAUGUCUGGUUAUGCGUCCGGUAUUGCUAAAGGCGUUGCACCAAAAGCUCGUUUAGCUGUUUAUAAAGUUUGCUGGAAAAAUUCAGGUUGUUUUGAUUCUGAUAUACUUGCUGCUUUUGACUCUGCUGUUGCUGAUGGCGUUGAUGUAAUUUCGAUCUCAAUUGGGGGCGGAGAUGGAAUUUCUUCGCCUUAUUAUCUCGAUCCGAUUGCUAUCGGAGCUUAUGGUGCUGUUUCUAGGGGUGUAUUUGUGUCUUCCUCAGCUGGAAAUGAUGGGCCAAAUGGAAUGUCAGUUACUAAUCUUGCACCGUGGCUGACGACUGUUGGAGCUGGGACAAUUGAUAGGAAUUUCCCAGCGGAAGUAAUUCUCGGGGAUGGAAGGAAGCUUUCCGGCGUAUCAUUAUACGCCGGAAAGCCUCUGAAUGGGAAAAUGUAUCCCAUAGUGUACCCUGGGAAAUCAGGUGUACUCUCUGCUUCACUCUGUAUGGAAAAUUCACUUGAUCCUCAUUUAGUUAGAGGUAAGAUUGUGAUCUGUGAUCGUGGUAGCAACCCCCGCGUUGCUAAGGGAAUGGUUGUUAAUAAAGCUGGUGGUGUUGGAAUGAUUUUGGCGAAUGGCGUUUCGAAUGGUGAAGGUCUUGUUGGUGAUGCUCAUUUGAUACCAACUUGUGCUGUUGGUGCUAAUGAAGGUGAUGCUAUUAAGUCUUAUAUAGCUUCGAAUCCAACUGCUUCUGCAACCAUCAAUUUCCAUGGGACUGUAAUUGGAGUGAAACCAGCUCCAGUUGUGGCAUCAUUUUCGGGGCGAGGACCCAAUGGUCUGAACCCAGAAAUCCUAAAGCCGGACCUUAUAGCACCUGGAGUUAACAUUUUAGCAGCAUGGACUGAUGCAGUUGGUCCAACUGGUCUGGAUUUGGACAAUCGAAAAGCAGAGUUCAAUAUACUUUCAGGUACUUCAAUGGCUUGCCCACAUGUAAGUGGUGCAGCUGCAUUGCUCAAAUCUGCUCAUCCAGAUUGGAGCCCUGCGGCAAUAAGAUCCGCAAUGAUGACAACAGCUAACCUUGUCGAUAAUAGGCUGCAGCCCAUGACUGAUGAAGCCACUGGAAAACCAGCUACACCAUAUGAUUAUGGUGCAGGACACUUAAAUCUUGAUCUUGCAUUAGACCCUGGACUAGUAUAUGAUCUUGCAAAUGAAGACUAUGUUAGCUUUUUAUGUGCAAUCGAAUACGGUCCUAAGACAAUUCAAGUGAUCACUAAAUCACCUGUGAAUUGUCCAAUGAAAAAGCCAUUGCCGGAGAACUUGAACUACCCAUCAAUAGCAGCUUUAUUUUCGACUGCAGCGAAAGGGGUUUCAAGCAAGACAUUCUUCAGAACAGUGACGAACGUGGGUGACACAAAUGCAGAGUACAGAGUGAAAAUUGAGGCACCAAAAGGGGUGAUGGUGAGUGUAAAGCCGGACAAAUUGGUGUUCUCCGAGAAGGUAAGAAAAUUGAGUUACUACGCGACUAUAACGGUCGACAGUAAGAAUUUGGUGUUGAAUGAUUCGGGUGCAGUGUUCGGGUCACUUUCUUGGAUUGAUGGAAAGCAUGUGGUUCGGAGCCCCAUUGUGGUUACCCAAAUGAGCCCAUUGUAGAUAGUAAACUAUCUUGAUCCAGUUGUUUUGAUCGAGAUUUAUGGGUAUGGGAAAAAGAUUAAUGUGCUAAUCACAUAGCACAUUAUGUCCAACCAGUAGAUGACUAGAUUCUACACUAGAGUCUAAAUUACAGUGGUUUUAACCUAGUUUGUUUUGGCUUUAGGGUCGAAAAUGCUAGAAUGGGGGUUAUACUAUAGGCCUUGUUUUUAUUUAUUAUUUAACUUUUUGUAUUUUUUUUCGUUUUUUUUUUCCUGCUAAGAUAUCAACAGGGGUUUCUGUAGGCCUUUAGUUUUUGCUUUUCCAAUUGUCUGUAAUGUCACAAUGUGUGCUAUGCUUAUAGGAAGUAUAUUGUAAGAUAUGAUCAAUUAGCUUUAAUGAAAGAUCAAUGUCUUUGCUUUGAA